AUGGCUCAUGGAUGGUCUCCUGCCCUACUCUUCGCGCGAAGACAUCGUCUCAAAGUCGGUACCGUAGCGAUCCUGAUAUGCGUCGUCUACUUCUUCUACCUGGCUCCCAUUGCCAAAUCGUCAACGUCCAUUCAGCCAAGCCGUGGUAUUCCAACGCCCGACUUGCAGACCUUCAAAUCCCAUGCGAUUAACAACACCGUGGUCAUUGUCCCGGUGAACACGGGCAUGCUCCACUUGGUGGAAAACUUGCUCUGCUCUCUGUCAGCAACCUCUUUCGAUCCAAACUCCAUCGUGUUCUGGGCCCUGGACGAAGGGGCGCAGGCCACGUUGCGUGGCAGGGGCUUUGCCACAUAUCGAGAUGCGUCCCUGUGGGCCGAGAGCGGCAAUCUCAACGCCCACGGCAACAGUCCAGCCUACCAUCGCAUGAUGCGCCAACGCCCGCGGUUCUACAUGGAUUUUCUAUCCACAGGUCAUGAUCUCCUCAUGAUCGACGCCGAUCUAGUGUUUUGGCAGUCGCCCCUUGUCAUCAUGCCGCAGAACGACACUGACAGAGAGGCCGUCGACAUGGUCUACAGCACCGAUGCGAGAGAAUUCUACACCAGCCAUGAUGCUUUCCACGACGAGUAUCGCAGGGGCUCACUUGUGCCGCCAAUCUGCAAUGGGUUGUUCUGGAUGAAGAGCAACAACGAGACUAUUUCGCUGUGGUCGGAGAUGCUACAGGUGUUUGAAGAUUCAUCGUGGAUGACGAAGAUCUAUCGGGAUCGAGUCUUCCAGGAUGACCAGCGCGGCAUGGAUGUGCUGCUGAAUGACGGGCGAGCAGGACUUGUCGGGCCACUGCCAAGCGGCAUCACAGAAGACAUGAUGCCCGAAAGCAACCGCGAGAAGAGGAGACUAAACGUCAGAUUACUUGACCAAACCCAAGUCGUCAAUGGACAGUUGUUCAUGUUCCGGGAAAACACUUACGCCGAGAGCUUAAAGCAACUCCGUGGCGAGGGAAAAGAUCGCAUUGCCGUGCACAUGAACUGGAAUACAGAGAUCAUCACGAAAGAAGAGGGAGCCAGAAAGAAGAAAAUCUUCUUUAUAGACGACAAUGGUCGUUGUAAAGUAGAGACGUAG